AUGCAGACUGCUUCUACAAACAUUUGUGAAAGACUGUGCAAUAAGUCCAUCUGUGAAAUUUCCUUGCUACUAAAUAUUCCACGGUCAACUGUUAGUGGAAAUAUAACUAAGUGGAAGCAAAUGGGAACAACAGAAACUCAGCCCACGAAGUGGUAGGCCACGUAAAAUGACAGAGCGGAGUCAGCGCAUGCCUUCCAGUCGCAAGCUGUCUGCAGAGUCAAUAGCUAAAGACCUCCAAACUUUGUGUGGCAUUCAGAUUAGCGUAACAACAGUGCGUAGAGAGCUUCAUGGAAUGGGUUUUGGUGGCCGAGCAGCUGCAUCCAAGCCUUACAUCACCAAGUGCAAUGCAAAGCGGAUACAGUGGUGUAAAGCACGCCACCACUGGACUCUA